ACAUUUCAUAUUUCGCAACGUAAAUAUUGUGACUUCUAUCAGCGCUCGCGCUGGUGUUUUCUGCUGCAGCUCGGUCUAGGAAGGAACACAGAUUUUGCGGACACAAAACGGACACUGAAGGGUAACCGGAAUAGAAAACUACUAAUCUUCAUCCCAAGAAGGCAACAGCACAGCUUUCUGUAAAGAAAAUUCCCCCUGGUGGCGCAAUAGUAAUGGUAGUAUAAGCAACCAUGAGCGUAAUCGAUUUUCUCCUCAGCAGAAACAGUCUCGUUGUGUAGGGGAAGAAAAAGGGCCGAAACCGGCACGCCAAUAUUGUUCAAAUCUUCGUUCAAUGCUUUCAAAUCGUACCUCCCAAAAUUAUUCGGUUAUCGCACGGCACGGCGACAAUCUAUCGACCUUACAACGCGCGUGAGUUGAGCCCUGAAUGGUGGUAGCUAGCGGACGAGCUGGCAGAUUAUACUACAACCCUUGCUGAAGAUGAUCCGCCGACUGUUCAGUACCCUCAUUGCGGAUUACCCUCCGGCGGGAGAGUUUUUACCUUCGGCUCCUCACCCUAGCAAUCGGCAACCAUCCGGAGGUGGAGCAGACAUGGUACCUCCGGCGUUUCGAACCAGCUCGCUACAAUCCUUGAGCUGGUUGCAUGCAAUCUCGCCCUGCUUUCCAGUGUCGGGAGAUUGCAUAGAGGUCAUCCGCGAACCGAGCACGUUCUACAACACACUGCUAGACAAAUGUUCUGUCGCCCGUCGAAGAAUCAUGCUCGCCAGCUUAUACCUCGGCACGGGCAACCUUGAAACGCAACUCGUUGCCGCAAUCCAUGAAAAUCUACGUAACAAUGUGCAGCUGAAGGUGGACGUACUGCUGGACUUCACGCGAGGUACACGGGGUGUGCGCAAUAGCCAAACCACGCUGAUGCCGUUGGUCGAAGAGACGGACAAUUUUCGCCUUUCGCUGUACCACACACCGGUGCUGCGUGGACUAACGAAACGACUCGCACCACCGCGAUGGAACGAGCUGCUCGGCAUACAGCACAUGAAACUGUACCUGGUGGAUGAUACGGUCAUCAUUUCCGGUGCGAAUCUGUCGAACGAUUACUUCACCAACCGGCAAGAUCGGUACGUGAUGAUUGAGGACCGUCGGCUGGCCGACUUUUACGCCAACUUCCUGUCCAAGGUGCAGGAGUUUAGUCUGACGGUUGGACGCGAUGGUACUACACGGCUGCAUGAUACCUGGACCAUGCUGCCGUACAAGUGUGCGCAGCUCGAGUUCGCUACCGAAGCGCGGGAACGCAUUCGAACGUACUUCCGGAGCGUGAUGGAGGAGCAGCGAGCGGUUUGUGAGCGUGAAGAUACCCAGCAGGCGGACACGUGGAUAUUUCCAUUGAUUGAAAUGGGACAGCUCGGUAUUCAUCAUGACAGUUUGGCUACGAAACAGUUGCUUUCGGGUUGUUUGGCUGGUUCGCAGCUACGGUUAGCGACGGGUUACUUCAACCUCACGGAGACGUACAUGCAUACGCUGACGAAUGAUUGUCAGGCACAGUGUAACAUCCUGAUGGCACACCCGAACGCUAAUGGAUUUCUCGGAGCAAAGGGACCAGCCGGUGGUAUCCCCGCUGCAUACUCCCUGUUGGCUCGCAAAUUCCUCGAGAUGCUAAAAUCAUCCGGCCAAAACCAUCGGGUCGAGCUGUUAGAGUACGAACGGAACGGGUGGACGUACCACGCGAAGGGUUUGUGGUACUAUCUACCCGAUUCGCCCCUACCGAACGUCACCCUGAUCGGUUCCUCCAAUCUAGGCGAACGGUCCGUCAAUCGUGAUCUUGAAGCCCAGGUUUGCAUGGUCACGAAUAAUGCCAACCUGCAGCGCAAGCUCGAAACAGAAUAUCAAAAUCUGCUCCAGCACGCGACUACGGCAGAAACGGAACUCAUCAACCGACCGGUACCCCGCUGGGUUCGGGCCGUUGUCGGGCUGUUUCGGAACUUUUUCUAAUCUCGCUUCCGUAUCGAAUAUCCGGGACUGCAGGUUCCUGCUGCAGACACACCUCGCAUCGACGCUGAUGCCAUUCUCAUGAUGCCGUACGAACAAACUCCUAUACAUUCACGUGAUAGACACGGGUGUUGUGAUCAACUUAAUCAAGUCAAUCGUUCGGUUUCGGCACAUGCCGCCGCGCCAUAGCUUAGUUCCGUCACUUCGCAUCGCGCUAGCUUUAUCGAGAAAAGAAUAUCUUGUUACACAAGUUUGUUACCGUUCCAGUUUGGUACGUACACUGUACGGCCGAUUACCAAAGCUACCGAGUAAGCGAGGGCAUAGUUCCUUCGUUUGCAUGUAAAAGACGUUGUUUUUAAAACAGUAAAACCUAGCGUACAAAACACUCAAA